UCAUGUCAUCAGUGUGUCCUUGGCUCCAUCGACAAGCAGCAGGUUAACUGAGCUACCACUGGAUUUGACGGCCAAAGCAGAGGGCAGCAACAUUAUUUUCAUCUAGAAAACUAGAGUAAAUCGUAAAAUAAUUUAAAGAUGGCUUUCAUGAUCAAGAGCAUGAUCGGGAACCCUCUGUCAGGGAUGGGUUUUGGUGGCGGAGGUGACAAAGAAGAGGAGGCCACCCCGUCAGAUCCGGCUAAAGCUGCAGGGAUGACACGCGAGGAGUAUGAAGAGUACCAAAAACAGUUGGUGGAGGAGAAGAUGGAGAGAGAUGCAGACUUUUUACACAAGAAGGCGGAGAGGGCAACACUUAGAGUGUGUCUCAGAGAAAAAUACCGACUGCCAAAGAGCGAGCAGGACGAGAACAUGAUCGAGAUUGCCGGCGACGACGUGGACGUUCCCGAGGAGCUGCUCAAGAUGGUGGACGAGGAUGCCACCGAGGAGGAGGGCAAGGACUCCAUCUUGGGCCAGAUUCAAAACUUGCAGAACAUGGACAUGGACCAGCUGAAGGAGAAGGCCUCGGCCACUGUCACAGAGCUGAAGAGCAAAGCAGAGGAGAAGUGCUCGGUCAUGUGAAUGGCGCGGAGGCCAAGAAAGGAGAACAUGCGAAAUAAAAUGAUUACAACACACACUCAAAAUAAAAGCUCCGUUAGAAAGUCUGGGAUCCAGUCUAAACAUUCACAACUAAAAACACAAAUUAUGUUCCUGAGUUAAGAAAUGUUCCACUUUUUUUGCAAUAAAAGUCAAACUUUAUAAAUAAUUCUAAGAUAAAUGUAAUAAUAUAAAUGUAUUAUUAAUAAUAAUAAUAAUAAUAAUGUCCAUGGUCCCAUGUCUUUACCUAGAUAAAUAAUAUGUAAAUAACGUGAUUUUCCCUGUUUAUCGUCUCUUUCAUAUUGGUCACAGUAAAUUUGAUUUACUCUUUAUAAAUCAAAUGUUGUUGUUUCUGUUUGUUGUGAAAUGAGACAUCCUCGUCUCUAAAACUGUUCUUCAGUCCAAUGAAUAACAAUCAUUCAACACUUCUUUCUGAGUAUUACUACGUUACUUUUGGUUGUUGUGAAUUCUAGAUACUAUUUUUUUUUUUUUGCUGUUUGUUUGAAUUAAUUAUGAUAUUUAGAUAUUGUUCAUGUUAGCGUCGCUACAAAGCAGAAGCCUUGGCAUUUAUUAAGUAUUUUACUGUUACUUUCUCCACAUCCGCAGUUCAGUGAGCUUGAAACAUUUGCAGAUUUGCACAAGUCAUAAUGUCAGAAUACUAAAAAGAUUGAUCCCAGUGUACAUAGACACUGGUAAUAAAAAUGUGAUGGUAAACAAAAAGAUCUGUUGUUCAAAUAAAGAUGCAAACUGGA